AUGGCUAACACCGACGCGCCCGACGUUGCGCACACGCAGCCUCCUCCGCCCGUCAGCGCGCUCUCCCAGCUGGGUCCCUUCGCCCGCUUUCAGCGCUGGCUCGAGCAGAGCGACACGCUUGAGAAGCGGCAUUUCGGCCUGAUUUGGUGUCCCAACUACCCGUCUCCAGGUGAAUGCCAGCACUGUGUCCUCUUGCAUAUGGGCGCACUCUCAGUCUACAUCGUCUUCAUCGUACUCGCCGGGACGACGGAUCCUGAGCGUUUUCAGAUGCUCCUUGCAGGUCCAUGGGAGCUUACGGCGGCGCCCAUCGUGCGUCUUAUCGAGCUGGGAGUCCGGGCAGUUGCAGGAGCCCUCCUUUACAUCCUCCUCAUGCCGCUUACCCCCCUCUUAUGCGCGUCUUUGACGCCCUACUUCUACCACAUGCGGCCUGGAUUCUCGCUCAGCUCGCGAUGCCCAACUGAGUCCGCCAUCGCGACAGGCGUCGACCUCUGGCUCAAGUACCUCGCGGUCACCGCGCUCUUCGACGUCCACGUUCUUCCUCGCCUGCUCAACGCCGCCGUGGUGCUCGAACGGUGCCUUCAGACGACACAACAGAGGUAG